UACAUGUAUAUAUAUACAACAAGUGCGCUCGUGCGGUAUUAACGUUAACAAAAUUCAUGAAUUUGUCUCCUGACUAGCUUGUCAACAGUUUUGCUGAAGGUCACAUUUCUUGAAAGUUUGCUUUGAUAUAAACAUCAGGGUUUUUUUUUUUCUACGCAUUUGUUAUCGGGAAUGGAAGUGUCGCACAACAACGGUACGUACUAUUUCAAUAUAUGGAUCCGCCCGUGCUAAUAGAAGGAAAUCGAAAUCUGUGCUAAAAAUCUAACAAUACAUGGUGUGAACGGAAUAAUAAGGAUAUUUUUGUCUCUUCUAUUUCUCCGUUAUCUGAUUAAUCCCCAGUAAAAAAAAAAUCGAUGUUCUAACUCCGCAGUGGUGACCAGUGUCUCUUCUGAAGCCCAGUCACCUUCGACUUAGUGCUGCUCCACUAUCGAUCCAGUUAUAGAGAAAAAGGAUUCAAUCUUCUUUUGACGUUCACACUUCUCUCACGCAUCCACAGGAAAAUGUCAACAGAGGAGAAAAAAGAGGCCCCGGAGACUCCAGCCCCGGCCCCGGCCCCUAAGGAAGUUAGGUGCAUCGUGCUGACGGGCUUUGGAGGGCCCAAAAUGGCCCGUUGUCAGAAAAGGCCACAGACUCCGGCCCAGGAAGGAGAGGUUCUGAUACGUGUUAAGGCUUGUGGAGUAAGCUUCCAAGAUAUAAUGGUGAGACAAGGAGUUCUCGAGCAUGCGCCAAAAACACCCCUAGUGAUGGGAUUCGAAUGCGCAGGUGAAGUGGAGGCUCUGGGAGAAAACACCUCGGGAUUUAACAUCGGCGACCGUGUGAUCGGGUUUUGUGAUUACAAGGCGUGGUCGGAGGUAGUGGCCAUCCCCGCCCAGUUUGUGUAUAAAAUGCCGGAGAACAUGAGUUUCCAGGACGGGGCCGCACUCCCUAUGAGCUAUCUAACCGCUUACAUACUCCUGUUUGACAUUGCCAAUCUUCGACAAGGACAAUCCGUUUUCACCCACUCUGUUGGAGGGGGCGUGGGAAUCGCCGUUACCCAGCUCUGCCACAUGAUGGAGGAUGUUAAACUUUUUGGGACUGCCUCCUACCAGAAACACGAGACAGUCAAGGCUAAUGUCGACCAUUUGUUUGACCAUGUGGUAGAUUAUCCACAAGAAGUUAGAAAACUGUCGCCAGAGGGAGUGGACAUAUUCCUUGACUGUUUGUGUGGAGAAGACGCCAAUAAAGGGAUUUCCUUGCUUAAGCCCAUGGGGAAAUAUAUUUUAUAUGGUUCCUCCAAUAUUGUGACAGGAGAAACAAAAAGCUUUUUCAGCUUUGCAAAAUCAUGGUGGCAGGUUGAUAAGAUUAGUCCAAUCAAGCUGUAUGACGAGAACAAGACAAUCGCUGGAUUCCAGCUCAGAACCCUACUCCAUAAGCAGGGCCAGCACCAGUACAUCCGGGAGAUCAUGAACAAGCUGAUUAAGCUGUACUCGGACGGCAAGAUCCGCCCAGUCAUUGACUCUGCCUGGGCGUUUGAAGAUGUUGGAGAGGCCAUGCAGAAAAUGCAAGAUAGGAAAAACAUAGGCAAAAUCAUUCUGGAUCCAACCAUAGAACCCAAGCCAAAACCAGUGUCGCCUGCCAGGACCCACACUACAAGUCAGUGUAGUGAAGAUAAAGAAACUGCUGAGGACCAGCAAUGAGCUUCCAGGAAUUUGUGAAGUGUUAAGGUGCAUCUGAUUUGAAACCGAGUUGUUGAAGACUUUAAAUUCCCAUCGUCUGGACUUUAUAAAUGGCUUAUAAUGUAUUUACUGUUAUCAUAUGAUUUUAUCAAAUGUUACUGUGUAGAUGAAAAUAUUUUAUUUUAACGCCAAAUAAACUAUAUUCCCGCCAAA